CCGAAUAUUUGUUCCCUCGAAGCACCACUGUCACUAUCAUCAUCAUCAUCAUCAUCACCACCUCCUCACCUCCCACCACACAGCUCGCAUCCACAAAGUUGCACACCACAAUGGCCCUAGUCGCCUACUCUGACUCGGAAGCCUCCGACUCCGAACCCGAAACCACCACCAUCCCUAAGAAGUCCACAUCCACAACCACCGCACCAGCACCAGCACCACCCUCGUCAACAACAACAAAACCCUUCCAAAUCGACCGCACCAACCCCCGCAAAAUCCGCGUCGCCCUCCCCGACCUCAAACCCGACCCCAGCACUAACCCCGAAGACACUGACGGACCCGCGCGCAAGAAGCCCCGAACUGGUGGAGGUGGUGGCGGCGGCGGCGGCGGCGCAUUCGCGGGAUUCAAUGCGCUCCUCCCUGCCCCCAAGAAACCCACCCUUAAAUCCUCCGCGACUGGAUCCAGCCGGAAGGUAUUCAGUCUGAAGACGGGGGCGACGCCGGGGUUCGAUCGGCAGGCGGACGCGGAGAUGCGGAGUGAGAUGGCGUUUGGGCGGUUAGGCGGGGAUGAGGAUGGGGAUGAGACGAUUCCGAAGGCGGGGAGUUUGCGGGAUGAUUUGGAUGGUGAUAACUUCGGGCAAGGGGAGGGGGGAGGGGAAGAGGGGAAGAGGGAGGAUCCGAAGACGAAGACGAAGACGAAUACAAACACAAACCCCCCGCCGCAGGAGGUUACAUUGAAGGGGAAUCCGAUGAUGUUCAAACCUUUGUCGGUGGGGCGGGGCACGCAGGGGAAAGGGAAGCGGAAGGCCGCUGGGCCGAUUGCUGUUGUUUCCGGGAGUGGUGGUGCUUCGGGGCUGUUGAAGAAGGAUGUCGGGGGUGAUUCGUCUGCUGGUGGUGCUGCGCCAGCACCACCCAAACCCAAGAUCAGUCUGUUCUCACUCUCCUCGUCAACAGAGAAGACCGCCACCGUCACCGCACCAGCACCAGCAGCCUACGAACCCCUGGUCUACACCAGCACCCAAGAAGCAGCGGCGCCCGCCGCCGCCGCCGCCGCCGAACUCCCACACCCCUCCUACCCUGCACCCACAGGCAACACCAACAAUCCCCUCAGCGCCAUCGCCGACGACCUCAACCUCACCCGCGCCCAACGGCGCCAACUCUUCGGCCGGUCCGCCGACCUCUCCGGCACCACCGCAACCGCGGCCGCCCCGCGCGUCCUCCACUUCAACACCGACCAGGAGUACGCCGCCAACCAGCAGAUGGCCCACGAGGACCUUGCGGCCGCGCAGCAUAACCCCGUCCGGGCGAUCGCGCCGGGCAAGCACACGCUGCAGCAGUUGGUCAGUGCGGCGAGCACGCAGCGGGAGGCGCUGGAGGAGAGUUUCGCCACAGGGCGGAGGAACAAGAAGGAGGCCGGGUCCAAGUAUGGGUGGUAG